CCAGACUCCAGAGUCCUGACUCGUGGAGACUCUAGAAUCAUAGACGUGUGCAGUGGUUUCUGCGUUAUAUUUCAUGCGCUCUCGGUAGUCCGUAGUUCUUGUUCCAGGACACAGGUUCAGGAGUUGUUAUCUUUUCAUUAUUCGAUCAAUGGAGAAGAUGGAUAAAACCGAAACUGAACUGGAAGAUCUUUUCGAGCAGAAGAAGCGCGUCAAGAACCCUUUCGUCCCUAUUGGUGCAAUUCUAACUGCAGGGGUGCUAACAGCCGGCUUGAUCAGUUUCAGACAAGGAAAUUCUCAUUUGGGACAGAAGCUAAUGAGAGCUCGUGUUGUUGUCCAAGGAGCCACAGUUGGCUUGAUGGUUGGCACUGCUUAUUACUACGGGGAGAAAUUAUAAUAAAUUUCUGAAAAUGGAUCUAUGUGUAAACUGCUUCACAAUGUAGUUUUUAUUCUCUUUACUUUCCAUUAUAGGUGGUUUUUUAAUGCCAUAGGGAUACAUUCUCCUUCUUUGCUGAGAAAAAGAUGCUUCUGUAUGAAAACUCUUGGUGCCAGUGUCACAAACUUAAAGAAGCAGACAUUGUUUCCAUGGUGAGGUUGAAUACCUCAAUUUUUUUGAUUUUUUUGAAAAUAAAAGCUCAUUAAUUUGUUGGAA